UUGGUUUGAUUCAAUUCUCAUUAUUAGAGAAAAAUGUACGCACGGUUCAUAAUUUUUGUGAUAUUAGCCUCUUUAGCUAAUUCGCAAUUAAGGCAAUCAAGUAUAAACACAUAUUUCUAUUCGAAAUUAAACCCAGUAUUAGGUUACAACGUCAACAUAACGGAUCAAUCUAUAUUAAAGAGAGUUAAUUACUCGAACAAAAAGGAUACGGUUUUCAUAAUACACGGUUACUUAGAAAUGCCCACGACUUCCAUAAGUUCUAGUCAGGAAAUAAAAAACUCGAUUUUAUCGAAAUACGACGCCAACCUUAUUGUCGUCGAUUACGGCAAUCCCGCUGCCAUUUUUUACCCUGCAGCUGUGCAACAAGUUACACCAAUCGCAGGACGUUUAUCAAGAAUGAUAAAAAGUAUGAUAGAUAACUCAGGACUAGCUUUGAACACGACCAAAAUAAUCGGUGUAUCCUUAGGAGCGCAUAUAGCAGGAAUAACAGGAUACAAUUUGAAUGGUGAAGUGGAAGAAAUUAUAGCUCUAGAUCCUGCUGGACCGCUUUUUGCGGCAGGAGAGUCCACGAAUCGUCUAUCAAAAUCUAGCGCUAAAUUCGUGCACGUUAUUCAUACUAACGGUGGUGGUUUAGGUAACCUGGAACCCUUAGGGCACGCGGAUUACUACGUUAAUGGGGGUAGAACACAACCCGCUUGUGGUCCGAUUCCGAUAGGUUUGUGUCCUCAUGGUUUAUCGGUGACUUACUACUCUGAAUCGAUACGCAGAGGAAGGUUCAAGGCUAAAAAAUGCAGUGAUUAUAGGAAAUUUAAAAGCGGAGGAUGCGAGAACGAGGAAGAGUCUUGGAUGGGCGGUUAUGAUUUGGAUAAAAAGGCGAAUGGAACGUAUUAUUUGGACACCAACGCAUCACCACCAUACGCAAAAAAUUAAUUGAUUAAUUAACGUAUCACAAAAACCACUUACAAUAUUAAUCUGUAAAUAUUUUUAAUUUGAGAGUAUUUGUUGUCUUCCAAUUAAAGGGGAUUAUUAUAAAAAUACUUCAAUUUUUAAUUUGACUAAUUA